AAAAAAAAAAGUUCAUGAUCACAAAUUAACCAAAGUUGUCAACUUAUGUGAACUUUGUGGUAACCACGAUGAUGAAGUUGAUACCAAUGAUAAUGAUGAUGAAGAUGACCAUGACAAAGAAGACGAUGAUGAUGACGGUGACAAUAACGAACAAGACAAUAAUUCUGAUGAUUCAAAACUAUAAAUUUGCUGCCUCUAGUGUUGGUAUUUAAGU